UAUUUUGUUAUUGUCGACCACAACGCAAUAGCUUGUGACGAAGAACGGUUCGAAAGCGAUUGUGUCUGUGAAUUUCUUUGUAGUUUCUAAAUUAUCGGUAUCAUCUCAGUGUAUCACCGGCGCAAUGUCUCUCCCACGUAACGUAAAUACGCUGCUGAAGAUCACCCGGGCGCGCAGUGUCCCCGUCGCCCUGUACCACCAGAACGUUCUGGAGCACUACGAAAACCCCCGGAAUGUCGGCUCGAUGGACAAGAAGGACAAGAACGUCGGCACGGGGCUAGUCGGUGCACCGGCCUGUGGCGAUGUGAUGAAACUGCAGAUUAAGGUGGAUGAAAAUGGCAAAAUCGUCGACGCCAAGUUCAAGACGUUCGGGUGCGGAUCAGCGAUUGCAUCUAGCUCGUUGGCUACCGAAUGGGUCAAAGGUAAAACCUUGGAUCAGGCGAAUCAGCUGAAGAACACAGACAUCGCCAAGGAGCUCUCGCUACCGCCGGUUAAGCUGCACUGCUCGAUGCUGGCGGAAGAUGCGAUCAAAGCAGCCCUUGAGGACUACAAGAAGAAACAGAAGAGCAACUAAUUCUGUUUGGCUGGCUAGGAGCGGGGCAGGUGAAGGAGAUUGUAUGAUAAGGAGUGAUAUGUCAUAGCUUGUAUGUUUGGAUUUCUGUACUAUUAGUCAAUAAAAACCCUGAUAGGUGUUGAUA